AUGAUGCUUCAAACUGUCUCCGGGUUGGGCGCAUUGCUCCUGGCUGCGUUAACAACCCAGGCGCAAGGUCGUGCCCUCGGUGACAAGCCAACGACAUACAACCUCUGGUCUCGAGAACCCAAGCCACGACCUUCAGGAAGUACACCUUACCAAGGGAUGGACUUGCCGUUCCGCCGCAACGGCACAUGGCAAGAUGUAGGCGUCUGGCAAUUCCGCGAAGACGUAAUCGCCCAGCAACCGUUCACGUUCACGCUCGGCCCUGGCCGCACCAAUCAGACAUACACCCUCACCGAUGUCGCAACUGGAAAGAAACUGGCAUACACGGAGGACAAUCUCGAUCUCGACGUGAACUACGCUAUCAUAGCCGCUUUCAUCCUGACAGACCAAGGCAACAAUAGGUACCAGGUCGUCGACGAUUGGACCAUCGAAAAGGAUAAGUACAACAGGACGAUACUCGGGUUGGGCCCUCUUGACGCCAAGGAGAAUAAUGGAUUCUGGGUCGGUAAUGAUGGAAUUUGGGCGGCGCAGAAUUGUGCGUGGUCAGGCAAAUUCUGCGAUGGGACGUACUUCUUCCAGUGCGGGGCGUGCUACGGUAUUCCGUCCGUCAUCGAGGUCAUGGAAGCGAAGUAGUGGACUGGGAGCCUCGACGAGUGUCAGUGGACAAAUAAUUUUCGAGUGAGAUCAUGCGAGGAUCUCAGAGAUGCUCUUAUCUUACAUUAUAUAAAAUCGUAACGCCGAACUCCAUGCUAAACAUCGGGGAAUCAUCCAUUAUACGGUCGUCCAACGCUUCCAAGCCAGCUGAGAUCCCU